CGCAAACAAUAAGAAUACAGAACACUUAAAGUAUAUUAUGUUAAGUUAAAAGCUUUUAAUAUUUAUUUUUAAAACUCAAAAUAACAUUAAAUCUUCUGGAACUGGACUGUCCCUUUCAUCAGGUGUUUCCUACCUUCAGACCUUGUGAAAUAAUCCGGGAGCGAAAAGUAGAUUUACCUGUAGCCCGGGUUCUGCAACGCUCUCACUCGCUCUCUGUCUUCUGUUACCUGCACCGACUUGAAAGUCCAGUUUCACAAGGAAGAACCGCGGAGGAAGAGAAAUAUGUCACAGGAGACAACAGACAGUAAGAGGCUGGUGGUAGUGGUGCCCAAUGAGCCAUCCUUUCACCCGCGGCGGGCCUACACCAGUGAGGAUGAAGCUUGGAGGUCCUACCUGGAAAAUCCUCUCACUGCGGCCACAAAGGCCAUGAUGAGCAUCAAUGGGGAUGAGGAUAGUGCAGCAGCUCUGGGACUCCUCUAUGAUUACUACAAGGUACCCAAAGAUAAAAGAGUAUUACCUGUCGGCAAAGUGGUUGAAAUUUCAGAGGAGCAAGAAAAAAGAAACACUACAGUGGGAAACAGUAGUCAAACAGAGCCAGAGACGGUAGAUAACAGGGUCCAAGUGCUGAAAUCAGUACCGGUUAAUCUGUCUCUCAACACUGAUCACCAGGACAGCAAGAGGGAGCAGUACAGCGCAGGCCUGGGGGAGAGCGGGGCCGUUGCUGUGGUAAAGGCUGAGGUAUACACCCCUGUCUUCAUGGGUUCAGGCGUUCACUACAGAACCGAGGGCGAAGAACAGACGCGGGUCAUCUACGAACAGACACACUCUUUCGACACCUCAGCAGGCUGUCAUGGUGGAUUUGUGAAGGACGACCACCGCAGCAGUCCAGAUAGCACCUACGAAGAUGACAGCAAUGAAAAAUACCGCUCCUCAUCUCUUGGAGCUGAUGCCUUCAUAUAUGACCAGUCAGACGUAGACACCUUCCAGUACACACUAGAUGCUACCAAGUCCUUGCGGCAAAAGCAAGGGGAGGGGCCUAUGACCUACCUGAACAAGGGCCAGUUCUACGCCAUUACACUAAAUGAGACCAGUGCCAAUAAACGCCUCCGACAUCCCAUCAGCAAAGUCAGGAGUGUCAUCAUGGUUGUGUUCAGUGAAGAUAAGAACCGCGACGAACAGCUCAAGUACUGGAAGUAUUGGCACUCUCGCCAGCACACGGCCAAGCAGAGAGUUCUGGACAUCGCUGACUACAAAGAAAGCUUCAACACAAUCGGGAACAUCGAAGAAAUCGCCUACAACGCUGUGUCUUUCACCUGGGACGUGAAUGAGGAGGCAAAGAUUUUCAUCACAGUGAACUGUCUGAGCACAGAUUUCUCCUCUCAGAAGGGGGUGAAGGGUCUUCCACUCAUGAUCCAGAUCGACACUUAUAGCUACAAUAACCGCAGUAACAAGCCCCUGCACAGAGCCUACUGCCAGAUCAAGGUCUUCUGUGAUAAGGGAGCAGAGAGGAAGAUCAGAGAUGAGGAGAGGAAACAGAACCGCAAGAAAACGAAAGGAAAGGAUGGAGGAGUUGGAGCAGCAACCCUUCCGAAGAAAUGUGACGCCACCUUCUUUAAAACGAUGACGGAUUUGGACGCCCAGCCGGUUCUGUUUAUUCCGGAUGUGCACUUUGGGAAUCUGCAGAGGGCAGGCCAGGUGUUUGCCUUUAAUAGUGAGGAACUUGAACGAGAGGGAAGUGUGCUGGUGAAGAGAAUGUUUCGGUCAUCUGAGGACGAAUUCAGCCCUCCUCCUCAUAAACAACUUAAAGAAGAGACACACAAGAGAGUGCUCCUUUAUGUGAGAAAAGAGUCAGACGAGGUGUUUGAUGCUCUGAUGCUGCGGACGCCAACUCUCAGAGGACUGAUGGAUGCAAUUUCAGAGAAAUAUGGUGUGCCCAUUGAAAGAAUGGCCAAGAUUUACAAGAAAAGCAAGAAAGGGAUCCUGGUGAACAUGGAUGACAAUAUCAUCGAGCAUUACUCUAAUGAAGACACGUUUAUCCUGAGUAUCGAGAACUAUGCAGAUGCAUGCAAAAUCACAUUAACGGAAAUAUGAACGUCAUCGCAUUUAUAACAAACUGUACUGUCUAUGCUGAAAGACUUGUUUCUCAGACUGGAGCCAUCAAAACCGCAGUUGGAUUAAUGUCAGCUACAUCUGAUUCCUCAUCAUCCUUUAAUUGAAUUGAAAUCACUAAAAGAAGACAUACCUCAUUCCUAAGAGACCCCAUGUAUGAUUUUCAUGAAUCAAUAAGUGUCCUAAAAGUGUGCAGUGGGAAAUAUGGUCUGGGUGCUGAUGGUUAUUUGUCAUUAUUCAGCUGUGAAUAGAAAAGCUGUGGCCACACACCCCAAAUUCCUCAUGAACAGGUCAAGGGUAUAGAUGGAGUUACAUUUCAUUUGGUUUUGAAGAGCAUUGACAGAUUCCAGUCUGAAUUGUAACUACACUCUAAAUGAUUUCACUGGAGCGGAGGGAAAUAUCAUAAAGACUAAGGGACAUGCGCUUAGUAUGUACCAUCAGUUGCUCUAAUGUGUAAAUUAUAGUUACAUUUGCUUGAACGAGUUGAGUGCUUUGCUUGGAAUUGAAACUUUGUUACCCACAAAACUGCUGAUCUUUGAAAGUGUCCAAUACUGUAAAUGUUUGUUUUAUAUGUUUAAUGUUAUAAUUAAUAUUAUUGUUAUUUUUUAACAUAGUGAAUAUCGUUUAGGUUCUGACUGUCGUACUGCUAUUUUUCUGGAUGUACAAAGAAAGUUAUUUUUAUGAAGAUAUUGAAGUGUGCCAUCAAGUUUUUUAUAAUUAAUAUGAUUAAUGCAAGGAAAUGUGUAUGAAUAAUGUCGAACUGUAAAGUACCACAAUAUCAAAAGACUUCAAAUGAAAGAGUCACAGCAGGUGUAGCCAAGAUUCAUUUCAGCCAUGUUUAUGUAUUGCACUCAAAUUUUAAUGUGAAUUUCAUUUUGGAGGUCCUUAGGUUUCAAAUGUAAAAGCAGUUUGAGAUUUGAAAUUUGAACAUUUCUAACCAGCACAGAGUUGUGCAUUUUUCAUGUUUUUAAUGUGGUCCAUAUUCAAGAAGUACUGGGCUGUUUGUGUUAUUACGUUACAUUGUCUUCCAAAAGAAAUGAUGUAAAGGGCACUUUGGAAACUAAUAAUUUGUAUGUAAAUAAAUGCAUUUUUAUC